AUGAAAAUCCAAACGAAUGCGGUCAAUCUAGUAGAGAGGACCUCAGCAUACUUAAGUUCGGGACUAUUGCAAAACACACCAGCUUGGUAUGAUGUUGUUGCUUCUAUUCCUCCCACGAAGAAGUUUACUAGGGAACCCAAGAUAACGAAUCCCACCACGGGAAGAAACAAGACUUUUUUCAAGGAUGACCGUAUAAGGGUUAAUAAUAAAGGACUGUACAAGACAAGGAUGAAUCAAAUGGACAGAAAGGAUUCUGCAAAUAAUCUAUAUAAACCUCCAAAAUUAAUAUAUCUAGAAGAUCGUUUGAGAAGUCUCUUUUUUGAGCAACAUCCAUGGGAAUUAUCAAGACCUAAGAUCUUGAUAGAAAACUCUUUGGAAGAAAAUUUUGAUUGGAGUCAUAUCCAACAAUGGGAGAAACAACUAGACGGUGAAAGUGUCGUUCAAAGGACAUUAUAUCUGUUGAAAAAUGAGCCUGGGAUAAACAUGUUACAAGCUUAUAAUAAGGCACGUUUUGAAUUUUAUCGAUUGAGAAUACAACAAGAUAUAUCACAACAAGUUGCGCAAGAAGAAGCUGAGAUGUUUGGUUCUAUAUUCAGACAAACCUCUUUUGAACAUGGUAUAGAGAAAGAACAAAAGGUGAUCGAACAGUGGAAAAAGAAGGCUAUUCAAGAGACACAACUAAUGGAAGUUAGAAGCUCUAACCCAUCUGAUUCUUGGGCUGCACCUGAGGAACAAGAUCUAGAAGAGGACUUUACGGAAGGAGAACCUGAAAUUCUAGAUAUUUAG